GAAUUAGGAAAUUAUUUUCAAGUCAUCAAUAUAAAAGAUAAUGUUUUGGUGAAUUUCAAUAAGUUACUGGAUAUAGUGGAUUUGAGUGAUAAUAAGCUCUAUGUUUGCACUGAUGAAUAUGAUGCUAGUAUGAAUGAGGCCCUUAAAAAUGAAACACUUUUACAACCUCUUACCACUCAUCAUUAUUCCUCAGUUCAAAGUAUAGUCAAAAAAAUUGAGAGUUUGUUCAAACAAUUUUACAGAUGUUUGAAAUAUGCUUGUGAUGAAGAAUUUAACAUUUCAGAAGAUUUGGCGCUAAGCAAAAAAUUCUGGGACUUAUAUAGUUUAAGAGAUCAAAAAUUGAGCUUCUCUUGGAUAAAGCUUUUGGAAAUAGUUUGGUAG